CCAACAGUACAAAAGCGACAAAGGUGUUGAGUGUGAACCAUAAUCUGGUUUGUCCAGUGAGAAGAGAGAGUUCCGAAAAGAUGAUGAAGGGCCUCUCCCUUGUGCUCCUCAUCCUUCUCCUCCACCACAACCUUCUCAACGCCGACAGCUGCGUCACAGAGGAUUGCCUCAUCGCCAACGAUUUGGAAUCAGAAUUCUCAUUUGGCUCUCAUGCCGCAAGAAUGCUCUACGAUGUCAGCCAAUCGGUGACCGGCAAAACAGGCAACGGCAACAACAAAGCCGUCGAUUGUCCACAAAAAGAAGCUUACCGCUCCUGCGUCCCUUCCCAAAACGGCGGUGGCCCCAACAAAAAAUGUGCUGAUUAUACCAGAAACUGCUAAGAACAUCUUCCCAUUUCGUUUCUUCUUUUCAGGUUAACUGUUUAAACUUUCAUUUCUUGUUUCCAGCUUCUCUCGACUCUUUAGUCUAAUUUAAUUUCCCUGUGUCUUGUUUGUUUCUUCAUUCUUCAAUUCUGCUGUUGUACUGUUACUGUCUCUGUAUUAUUGUGAUAUCAUCUGUACUCUCGGUUUAUCGAUUUGUGUUUAAGAAUAAUUCUAUGUAAGAUUGCAUGAAAUAAAUUACUACCUCUUCAGAGGGUUUCUUCA